GUCAAGUCUAUUUUACAAAAAGACCCUCAAUCAAUACACAUCUAACAAAAAAGUCCUAUCCUUUAUAUCUCUGACGCACGCAACUACUCUCUAGUUGGUGUGAUCUCGCCGGCAGCGACGACGGAGAGCGGAGUAAAGCUACAGUGAGAUGAGAUGGUACGGCCGCCAGGAUCUAAGCAGAAACCGGCGAGAUUGGCCGUGGUCUGCGUGUCGCUGCUGGGUUUCGGCUUAAUCGCCGAUUAUCUGUGGGCGUCGUCUCCUCGUUUCGGGGCUUCGACUUUCUCUGGCGCCGGUAUCUCCAUAACCAGUCGGAUCAUUCCGCAGGGAGCUGAGAAAGAUGGGAGUGUUAAGGGAAAAGGUAAUUCGAAGGACAAGAAGAAGUUAGCCAAUGUGCCGGAGAGAUUCCUGUCAGCAACAUUUGCCGAUUUGCCUGCACCGCUGCUAGAUUGGAAGAAGAUGGCUCCUGCCCCGGUGCCGCGUCUUGAUGGAGCUGCUAUCCAGAUCAAGAAUCUUCUGUUUGUCUUUGCUGGAUACGGUACAAUUGAUUAUGUACAUUCACAUGUCGAUAUUUAUAAUUUUACUGAUAAUACUUGGGGAGGGAGAUUUGACAUGCCCAAAGAGAUGGCACAUUCACACUUGGGAAUGGUAACAGAUGGGAGAUACAUAUAUGUUGUGACUGGACAAUAUGGCCCACAAUGCAGAGGACCUACUGCUCAUACAUUUGUUCUUGAUACUGAAACAAAACAAUGGAGAGAUAUGCCACCUUUACCAGUUCCAAGAUACGCACCAGCGACCCAGCUCUGGAUGGGUAGGCUUCAUGUGAUGGGUGGUAGCAAGGAGAAUAGGCACACACCAGGUUUAGAGCAUUGGAGUCUGGCCGUUAAGGAUGGAAAAGCCUUGGAAAAGGAAUGGCGGACAGAAAUUCCCAUACCUCGUGGAGGGCCUCAUAGGGCCUGUGUUGUUGUAGAUGAUCGACUUUAUGUAAUUGGUGGUCAAGAGGGUGACUUCAUGGCCAAACCUGGAUCUCCAAUAUUCAAGUGUUCACGUAGAAAUGAGGUAGUAUUCGGUGACGUGUACAUGCUGGAUGAUGAGAUGAAGUGGAAAGUGCUACCGUCAAUGCCAAAGCCUGAUUCUCACAUUGAAUUUGCUUGGGCGCUUGUAAAUAAUUCUAUUGUAAUCGUUGGAGGGACGACAGAGAAGCAUCCUGUAACAAAGAAGAUGGUCCUCGUUGGCGAAAUUUUCCAGUUCAACCUAAAUAAUCUGAAAUGGUCAGUGAUUGGAAAACUUCCUUACCGAGUCAAGACCACGCUGGUUGGUUUCUGGGAUGGGCAUGUGUACUUCACGUCGGGACAGCGAGACAAAGGACCAGACGAUCCUGCACCCAAGAAAGUCAUUGGAGAAAUGUGGAGAGCCAAAUUGAAGUUGGAACCCUGAAGGCUAGUUUUGUCUAAUUCAUUAUUUGCAUUUCUGGCGAUUGUAACAGGUCUGUAUCAUCAUUAUAUUCUUUCCUUAGAGCUUUCCCCCCAGCCUUCUUCAGUUUCGUUUGCUUCUAAAUCUAGAAGGUAGGAACUGACCGAGUCUUUAGAGUUCACGUCAUACCAUACUUCCGAGUUAAAGGAAUGUGUAUUCGAUAUCAUUUGUUUUCAUUCUUAAAAGGACAAGAAGUUACACAAUCCCAUCCUGUUUUCACUUUUCAGUUUAUCAACCAUCUAGUUAUCAUCAUUUUAGAAGGUUGCGAUAUUCAGAUCUUAAGUACAAGGUUUCAGGUUUCAUCUUUGACUUCUACAGCAAGCAACAGCCCGUCGGUGGUCAGCGAGAGUGAAAAACACAAACUACAACAGCAAUGCUGUAGAUGGAGCUAGUUGGCGAUGCAAUCUCAUUACUUUUUCUUUCUUUAUUUCUGAUGAUUUACAAGGCUACUGAAAAAGUUCUACAACAAAGAGCUCCCCAUCAAACCUCAAACCAGCAGCUUCACCAGGCUGAAGCAAACCAUCCACCAUCCCACCAUACAGGUACAAAUAACGCCCCGAUUGAUCUCCACAAGCUCUAUGGAACGACCUACGGUUUGGUUUGUGACCCUUUACAUUGAUCCUCUUCCACAAACUAGACAAUGCCUGCUGCAAUCUCCUGGUAUUCAACGCCGGAGGUGGCAGCUGCUCUCUGAUAGGCUUAACCGCCUCGAUGUCCAGAAUCAAGAAGUCAUCUUUUCUGUGCCUAAGUGAAUCUUCUCCUCCGUAGAUCAGCAGCCGCCCUCCCAAGAUCGUUGUAGCUGAAUGACCAACUCGUCUCAGCGACACACCUUGAGGCACCUUCUGAUUUUCAUACAUUACCUGCACCCACCUCAGAUCACCACCUUCAGACAUUUGCAGAAGCCACAAGUCAUCCAUGACCUCAUACCCCAGCCCUCUUCCACCAAAGAGAACCAUUUUGGUUCCUCCAAUGCAGGUCAUCGAGUGCCCUGAUCGCGGUGGAGGUGCUGGAUAAGUCAGCAGUUCACGCCAUGUUCCUGAACAGAAGUCUUCUGAUGGAUCCAAAACCCAUGUGUCGCCUAACCUCAGGCCAUAAAGCCCUAUGCCUCCCUGGAUGACCAUCUUCCUCUCGAAGCAACAAGCAGCAUGAGCACCCCUUGGUGGUGGAGCCCUGGCGGAACCCAGAUCAAGAUCAAGCAGCCGCCACGAAAAAGUAAUUCCACCACCAACAGCACUAUUCUCCGUGGAUAGCACUCGCCCAAUCCAUGUGUCGUUGUGACGGACUCCACGGUCAUUGAUACCACCAAACAGGAUGACAUAAUUGCCAAUAGCAAUGCAUGUAUGCCCAAACCUACCACUGGGGAUCCCUGUACUGACUUUCUGCCAUUUUACCGUUGUUUGAGAGUUACUGCCAACAUAUGUUAUCCAUGUCUCGUCGAGAUGGCGUCCUCCUUCGCAGCCGCCGCCAAAGAGGACCAAGCAAUCAGAGAUGAAGUUGAGCGAGUGAGAAGCCCUUGGGCUGGGAAUCCCCUCCAAUUGAUCUGGGUCCGUGAGAAGCCUGCGGCAGGACACGGUGUCAAGCCGUGACAACUUCUUGUACAUCGCCAUCCACGGUUUCGCAGCAACGUUUCUGAAAUUGGGUAAGAGGGAAGAUCUGAGGGCGUGGACAGAGGAAUCCCCAAAUUCCCUGGCGCAAACCGACUCCCAGAGCGCGUCCGAAGUCGCGAGGGAGCUGAACCUCUUGCAGGUGGCGGCGAAGGAGAGGAUCGAUUCGACGGGGAGCAGGAGCAGGACUGUGAAGAGAUGAUCUGCAGCCAUGCUGAUGAUCGGCGGCGAGGAGGAUGAUGAUGAUGAACCAUUGCUGUCGGUAGAAGAAGGAGAAGCCAUGAAUCAGGAA